AGCAGGAACAGAGCGCCUGUGCUUGGUAGAUGAGGGAGAUUAUCCUCCUUUACUGCGACUCAGUUUUAACACGGAUCCUAACAGGAGGUGUUCGGUUGUGACACAACAUGGGAAACGCCGACACCAAACUGCACUUCAGGAAAGCGGUGAUACAGCUCACAACCAAAACACAGCCUGUAGAAGCCACAGACGAUGCCUUCUGGGAUCAGUUCUGGGCCGAUACCUCCACCACGGUCCAGGAUGUGUUCGCUCUGGUGCCAGCAGCAGAGAUCAGAGCUGUCAGAGAGGAGUCUCCAUCCAACCUGGCAACACUCUGCUACAAGGCAGUGGAGAGAUUGGUGCAGGGUGCAGACUCCGGCUGCCCCUCAGAGAAAGAGCGUCAGAUUGUCCUGAACUGCACCCGCCUGCUCACACGCAUCCUGCCCUACAUCUUUGAGGACGCCGACUGGAGAGGCUUUUUCUGGUCGACCGUGCCCGGGGCCGGCAGAGCGGGGCAUUUGGAUGAAGAUGGUAUUGAUGAUGAAGCACGGCCGCUGGCUGAAUCCCUGCUGCUGGCCAUCUCUGACCUGCUCUUCUGUCCAGAUUUCACUGCUCAGAGCCACAAGAAGAACAGCCCGGACACAGCCGAGGGCAUUCGAUCCAUAGACAGCUGCGAGUACAUCUGGGAGGCCGGGGUGGGCUUUGCUCAGUCCCCUCCUCUCAACUACAUCCACGACCUCAACAGGACGGAGCUGCUGAAGUUGCUCCUCACCUGUCUGUCUGAGGCCAUGUACCUCCCCCCCUCGUCUGAGUGUAAAAACCCAAACCCCUGGGUGUCCUUCUUCUGCUCCUCAGAAAACAGACAUGCCUUGCCUCUGUUCACCUCCCUGCUCAACGUGGUGUGUGCCUACGACCCCGUGGGCUACGGCAUCCCGUACAACCACCUGCUGUUCUCCGACUACCGGGAGCAGCUGGUGGAGCAGGCGGUGCAGAUCCUUAUCGUCACCCUGGAGCACGAGGCCGGGUCGGCCACUGGCUCCGCCCUCCAGGCCCUGGACACCUCUGCAUCCCCCUCAGAUGGGGAAGAGCAGGAACCAGCUGGACCUGAUAACCUCUUUGUGAAUUAUCUCUCCAGGAUACACAGAGAAGAGGACUUAAGUUUUAUCCUGAAAGGUCUGGGGAGGCUGAUGAACAACCCUCUGGUGCAGACAUACCUACCCCGCUCCACCAAGAAGAUCCAGUUCCACCAGGAGCUGCUCAUCCUCUUCUGGAAGUUCUGUGACUUCAACAAGAAAUUCCUGUUCUUUGUGCUGAAGAGCAGCGAUGUGUUGGACGUGCUGGUUCCCAUCCUCUUCAGCCUCAACGAUGCCAGAGCAGAUCCGUCUCGUGUUGGCCUCAUGCACAUCGGCGUGUUCAUCCUGCUGCUGCUGAGCGGGGAGAGGAACUUCGGUGUACGUCUGAACAAGCCGUUCACUCUGCACGUCCCCAUGGACAUCCCUGUCUUCACAGGAACCCACGCAGACCUGCUCAUUGUUAUCUUCCACAAGAUUACCACCAGUGGACACCAGCGUCUGCAGCCUCUGUUUGACUGCUUACUUACAGUAAUAGUGAACAUUUCACCUUAUCUGAAGAGCCUUUCCAUGGUGGCGGCUAACAAGCUGCUCCACCUCCUGGAGGCUUUCUCCACCCCCUGGUUCCUUUUCUCCUCGCCUGAGAACCACCACCUUGUCUUCUUCCUGCUGGAGGUCUUCAACAACAUCAUCCAAUAUCAGUUUGAUGGUAACUCCAACCUUGUGUAUGCCAUCAUCCGGAAGCGUAAUGUUUUCCACCAGCUGGCCAACCUGCCGUCCGACACAGCAUCUAUUCAGAGGGUUCUGCAGAAGAAGAAGAAGUCUGGGAUCUCCAGGACAAACUCCACAGAGACAGAGUCCAUAGAGAGGAGCAGACCUGCUGAUUAUGUUGAGCCGGGAACACUCAAAGCCAGUUUAGAGGCCACUCCAGAAUGUUUUUAUCCAUUAGGAAUUGAUAAGAUAACAGCGAAGUCCCAGGUGAGUGUGGACGGCACCAUGAUCACUGUGCCUCCUUCAUACUCUCCUGCUGACACCAGUGCUGUGGCUGGAGCAAGCGACACAGAGUCCAACUCAGAGAGAGACCAUGAGGCAUACCACUCAGAGUCAGGAGUAGCGAGGAGUCGAUUGUCAAGUGCAUCAUCAUCAUCAGCACCCUGGAGAGCUAACACAGACUGGGUGUUGUCAUGGAAAGCCAAACUUCCUCUACAGACCAUCAUGAGGCUGUUGCAAGUGCUGGUGCCUCAGGUGGAGAAGAUUUGCAUUGACAAGGGUUUGACAGACGAGUCAGAAAUCCUGAAGUUCCUUCAGCACGGCACACUGGUCGGCCUCCUGCCAGUCCCUCAUCCCAUCCUCAUCAGGAAGUACCAGGCCAACGCCGGCACGGCCAUGUGGUUCCGCACCUACAUGUGGGGGGUCAUCUACUUACGCAAUGUGGAUCCUCCAAUCUGGUACGACACGGAUAUCCGGCUCUUUGAGAUCCAGAGGAUUUAGAGCAGCUGCUGAAGGUGUCGACUGUUUUUGUCACACACUCAUCAACAACAGGAUCUGCUGGUUUUUACUUUCCUCACACCUGAACUUUGCUCGAGGAACCAUUCACAGCUCUCUGGAGCUAUUUAAAACAAGCAGAGAUAAUCUUGUUCUUCAUUCCUGCAAGCAACAUUUUUAAAUGUGUCAAAACAUACUGUGCAUCAUUUCCAAUCUCUGUUAUAAGCAUUGCCAAAUGGUCAUUAAAUCUGAUGUAAUCAGGAUAUGUGUUUAACAUUUUUUAUUUACUUUUCCAGACUAGCAGAAAUGUCUUUACAGAGCUGGGUUUGUGCGUGUGGGCACGUUCACAUUGAAGCAGGAAAGGGACAAACACAAACUGUUGACAGUUGGAAAAUCUCAGUUCUCCAAGCAGAUACGAAUGUUUGCUGAACCUUUUUAAUGUCCUUUUAUUUAAGUGCUGCAGGGAUGACGUAUUUUCAUCUGCCAACUCGAAAGUGAGUCCCAUUUGUUCCUUCAACAAAAAUCCAAUGAGAGCUUACCAUUGGACACUACUUAAGUACUUGUAGAUGUACAAAGGGAAUUGGCCUGGAAGUUAAAAACUAAGGAUUAAACUUAGGCAAUGUACAACUUGCACCCCUGUCACAUAACUUCAACAGUACUACCACUAAGCUUGCAACUUGUAAUUGCAUUUCACGACAAUCAAACAUAACUUAGGAUAGUUUCCAGGAGCGCCAGUACAAACACAACAAAGCUGAUAAAUUGGACUAGCGAUGAUGUUCAAUGUCCCUAAAGAACCUCUGUAGUCUGAUUUAGGAAAUUGUUAGCAACCACCCAUCUUAAGACACCUAAAAGCUUCCCUAUUCAAGAGUUUACUGAAGCAUGGUAUGUCAACUUGAAAAUGUCUUAAGCAGGCAGUUUAAGGACUAUUGGAACUAAAAGGAAAAAACAUAAAAAAACAGUCUCAGACCAAAACUAUAAAAAGAUGUCCUCAAACUCUUUUCCAAACUCCCAUUUAAUAUAUAAACCAACUCAUAAGUGAGUGUCAUGUGGUUUUUCCACUAAACAUUUUCAUAUUUCCUGCUAUAUCAGUCAUGUAGUAGAGUUAUGCCUCUGCUGCAGGUCACGCAGAGAUGAGCAGCUCCAUCAGAGCCCCCACUGAGUGCAUCCUGUAGAAGACGCUGAGCGGCUGACCCAGGUUCACCAAAACGAACCACACAGAGAAGCCGAAAAACUGUUUCCCCAGGCCGUUCUCAAACUGGGGGUGGACUCCAAACGCAGGGAUGACCCAAAGCUGCAACAAAAGGCAACAUAUAUCAGCUUUAUAAAGCAGAAAUAACAAAGAGACGCUUAUUAACACGUGUGCCUCGGUUUAGGAGAGAUGUUCAGGUGUCCAUAGAGGAAGGACAAAGUUACAAAAAACUGCCCAAAAAGUUUAUAAAUAUCAUUAAAAAAAAUCACUCCUCAAAACCAAAUUAUUUAUUUAUUUAUUAUUUUAUUUUUAUAUGUAAAUACCAAAAUAAAAUGUUAUUGGCAAGGGAGAAAUGUUAUUCUGUUUAGUCUAGGAAAUGUCAUGAUUAGCAACAAUGGUUAUGGUGCAUUUUUUGUCCAGGCUAGGGUAAAAAAAACAAACAUCCUGGUUACGCUCGAGGGCAGAAUCAUCCCUGUCCUUAAACUGCUAGAAAAAUGUUAUACAAUAAUAUUAUUUUCACUUAGUUUAACAACAUCCGACCUACAGUAUAACUACCAAAUGUUCAUUAAUAUUCGGGGUGUAAUGAUUUAAAUAAAAAAAAACUAACUGAUAGCAACGAAUACAAAAGAAUACCAACCAAAAUGUAGGCUCAAUCAUGUAAAUCAGACAACUGACACUCACCAUCACAUUAGAAAGGAUGAGGAAGGCACAUAUUUCUUGUAUCGCUCUUUUGGUCCAGGGCUUCUUCCCAUCAUGCUGUUGAGCAGCCGCUAUGGUGUUCCCCUCCAGCAGCGAAACAUCCGUCUUCCCCUCCACUGGCUUUUGAGCAGCAACUUUUUUCUUAGGCUGUGGCAGAGUUUGUUAUUGAAACAAAACCGUUCAAUAGUAUUCAAAACAUAGAAAUGCAGGUGUUUUACCAAAACACAAAUCAGUUUGCUGUCAAAAAGUUGAUUUACUUGAAAGAUCUGUAAAAAUGUUGUUAUCCCACAAAGAAUCAUCACUGUGUUUAUCAGAGAUUUGUUCAUAAUUUCUUGGAAAUAAACUAUUUAGCCGAA